CUCCGCUGGGUUUGGGUUGUGGCUUCAAAUCUGCUGUUUCACCACACACUCCGGUAACGUAGCGGCUUAUUAACCUGGUAAAUGAGGGACACGAGUCUGUGUUUGUCAUGAGUGGACGAGCAGGUGUCACAGUACGAACACAGCCGCGCAGGCUUCGUGCGCGCAGCAGCCAAUAACUUCCUUCUGCCCGUAACUGAGCAUGCGAACUUUAUCCUGCAGGAUAAAACCAGACCGGUUGUUCAGGCGUCAGCACAACACGCAGCUGCUUCAGCUGUUUAUGUGUGAGUAGAAAUCGUACAAACGGAAAAUGGCAGAGAGGCGAACGGGAGCGGAGGCUGCAGCAGAGCCCGACUUCCUGUCGUUUAACGACCUGGCCUGUGAGACGGUCGGUGGGAAGGUCAUCUUUGCCACCGACGAAUGGUUUGCUCCUGCUGCCAACCUGCUGAAGCGGGAGCCGCCGCAGUUCAUCGCCUCUGCCUUCACUGAGUUUGGAAAGUGGAUGGAUGGAUGGGAGACGAGGAGAAAGAGAAAACCUGGCCAUGACUGGUGCAUCAUCCAGCUGGGAGUACCGGGGCUGAUCUACGGCUUCGAUGUUGACACGUCCUUCUUCACUGGAAACCACUCGCCCUACGUCUCCAUCCAGGCCGCCUGUCUGGAGCCCCCGCCCACCUUCACCCUGGAGGGAGACCGAACCGGCAUGGCCGCCUCCAGCAGUCAGAUAGCUGCUGUUGACAAGCUGGGCUCGGAGAUGUGGCCAGAGCUUGUGUGUGUGUCUGAGCUGAAGCCUGGAUACUCCAACUGCUGCCAUAACUACUUUGCUGUGAACUUAAGGCACAGAGUCUCACACUUGCGCCUCAACAUGUUCCCAGAUGGAGGGAUAGCCAGACUGCGAGUGUACGGUGUCGGGCAGAGAGACUGGUCGUCUGUCUCCACCAACCAGGACAUCGACCUGGUGGCACUGACCAAUGGGGGAGUGUGUGUCGGCUACAGCGACGCCCACUUUGGGCAUCCACGCAACAUGAUUGGUCUUGGUCGAGGUGCCAACAUGGCCGACGGAUGGGAAACAGCCCGCAGACUGGACAGACCCAAAGAGCUGAAGGUGGACCAGUGGGGGAUCCUGCAGGUGCCUGGCUGGGAGUGGGCGGUGUUUCGUCUUGGUCAUCCUGGCGUGAUCAGCGGUGUUGAGGUCGACACCAACCACUUCAAAGGUAACUUCCCGGACUCCUGCAGGAUUGAGGCGUGUACUCUGACCCCCGUGGAGGAAGCUCAGUGCAUCAGGACAAAGUGGACCUUGGGGAAGUGGCAGGUUCUUCUCCCCCCUCAGAAACUCCGCCCUCACCACCGACAUCACUACAGAGAGUCGGAGCUGGCUCUGGCCGCACCAGUCAGUCACGUCCGUCUCAUCAUCGCCCCGGAUGGAGGAGUCAGCCGGCUGCGGCUCUGGGGUCGUCCCACGGCGGUCACUGCUCUGCUCAGUCAGCAGAAACCAAAGUCCAAACUGUGACACAGUGAGCGCACGUUGGUGCUCGCCCUCCAUCACAGAGGAUGUGAAGCUGUUCUGUGUCUGAGGACUUGGAAACCACAAGUCUGUGGGGUACAAAUAAAACAGGAAGUCAUGUGACA